AACUACUAGAUCUACUAGAUUAGAAUCUAGUAUUAGAUUUACUUUUUAAAAAUACGUUUCGACGCUCAAGCGACAAGAGAAACGGGGUCAAGUGGUGACAAUUAUAUACAUGUAUAUUAAACGGCCUGCUUUUUGUAAUAGUUAUCAAGCCGGUUCAUAUUUUUUAGUGGAACGGUGUAUGAUAAUUUCUUUUUAUUCAAAGCAAUCUCAAAGACCAUUAAAAAAUGUGAUUGACAUCUUGUAACUGGACAGAACCACAACCGUGGCGUAUUUUGCAAAAACGAUGAAAAAGUUAAAAAACGAAAUCGGCGCACACUCUGUUCUCAGUAGCCGCCGCCCCCUCUUCACAAACGCAGUGACGAAGUUCUGUGAGUGAUCACGAGUAGGCCUGGCCUAGGCUAGUCACGAGUCACGAGAGCUCAGCUUUCUCGUCAGGUCAAACGUCGGGGUCAUGCGGAUGUUGUGAUUCGGAACGGGGGCUGGGCUGACUAGGACGAUAGCAGUAAAAUUAAGUUUAAACGUGAAGUGCUGCGCGGUGUGUUGGUACCAGAGCGAGAGUCAGUGUGUACUGUGCUGUGGUGUUGAAUUGUCCAGUAUACUUUAGCACGUCGUCGUGUAUAAACUCAGCUGCUGUGUUAGACUUCCGCUUCAAAAUGGGGAUCCCGAAUAUGUUUGCAUUGGCGCAAGUUAUCCUGUACAUUGUGACUUUCAUUUUGUCAUUUUUCGUUUGCGUCCCUGCUGGGGUGAACGUUGACGAUUUUAACGGACACUGUCUUCUGUACGCGUCUGGAGACUGGACAGUUGAACAGUCAGGCCCUUUCAUUGGGAACAUAAGCUGGGGGCAAGAUAGUGCGUGUAAUUUCACUAUUUUCAUUGGAGUUAUGUCCUUAAUGAUGGCUCUGUUUUAUUCCUUCUGGACAUCGAUUUUGCUCGCAAGGGGAAUGGAGAGUUCUUGGUUGGACUCGUUUUUGAACCUGAUCGUCAACUCUGCCAUGUCCAUCUGUAUCUUCUCCACGGCGCUCACGGUGAGCGUGGGCUUCCACGACUGGUGUGAGCUCAUCACAGACGCAAAGUCGGGGAUUGAGCGCUGUGAAGAUGGCCAAUAUCGAGCCAUAUUUAGAGAUGUCAACAUCCAGCACAGUCAUUAUUUCACACAGUGGCAAUGUGCUCAGUUUGGCAUCUGGUUCAGCUGGAUGACCUGGCUAAUCCUGGCCGUCAUGUCCCUGGUCAGGAUGUACAACUUCCACCGACAGGAAGCUUUCAGCGUCAGCAUCAAUCGCGAGCGGCAGCGACUUCUGCAGAAAGUAGGUCACGGAACAGAGCAGGCGUAAACUGGGAGGAGAGCGUUUCUCGUGUCGGAGCGAAACUUGCUGUGUUUGUUUGCUAGUGGGCAACUGCAGUCUGAUGCGGAUAACUCAAACAUAUCGGGGAUUGACAUAUAUAUGGUCAUUUUUAAGGACAAGCGGGCUAACCCAGAUUUCGGGGGUUUCCAGAAAUCUUGACCUACACCAAAAGUGGGC